CAUAUCCAAGUCCAUAUUCUGUCAGCUAUUAGAUCAGCAGAGAUAAAACCCUAACCCCAAGCUCAAGCUUACCCCAACCCGAACCCCUUGAUGAGUAAUCCGAGGAGAAGAGAAAAGCAAAUGAACUUUGACCCCGCCAUCUCAUCCUUAUACCUUCAAGAAUCAAGCCAGCAUCUUGACAUUCUUUGAUAAUGAACGACCGGCAAAUGUGGAGCCGAAGUAGUAAAAGGCCCUUGAUUCAACCAGGAAGGUUGUUUACGGGAUGUAACCCUCUCUCGAUAGAUCCGGAUUACAUGCCUUUUCAGGGCAUCAGUGGCUAUUGAUAGCCAAUGCGGGGAACAUAAUGCAGCCUACGUUCGCUAACCGGGUUGAAAACGCCCUGCCGACGUACUGCCUUGCCAUGAUGGUAUCUUGAAGAUCUAAGUAGUUGAUUAUAUCUUUUCAUUCUCAAGCCAAGAUACAUGAUGCUCUGGGAUCGCCUCCUAAUAGCUCUCCUGGCCGCCCUAUCCCCUAAGUGGGCUGGGGCUUCAGACAGCUCGCCAAGCCUAACCCAAUCGGCCGCCGCCCCAGCAUUCACAUACACCCGCACAUCCUUUCUCCUCAAUGGCAAACCCUACAUAAUCAUCGGGGGACAAAUGGACCCCCAACGCAUCCCACCCGCCUACUGGCGUGACCGCCUUAUAAAAGCGCGCGCCAUGGGUCUGAAUACAAUCUUCAGCUACGUAUACUGGAACCUCCUCGAGCCCACACAAGGGCAAUGGACCAGCUCCGAAGAAAGCAACGAUAUAGCUAAAUUCUUCCGCAUCGCGCAGGAUGUAGGUUUGAAUGUUGUGCUUAGACCAGGUCCUUAUAUAUGCGGUGAACGCGAGUGGGGUGGUUUUCCAGCUUGGCUUGCGCGGGUACCGGGGAUGAAGGUUCGGUCGAGUGGUGCGGCGUUUAUGGAUGCUGCGGAGAGCUAUUUGAAACGUCUUGCGGGUGAUUUAAGGGAUUUGCAGGUUACGCGUGGAGGGCCACUGUUGAUGGUGCAGGUGGAGAAUGAGUAUGGAUCGUACGGGGAGGAUCAUAAUUAUACGCAAGGACUUAGAGAUAUUCUCAAGGAGAAUUUCGAGGUCCCGCUUUAUACGAAUGAUGGUGGGGUUGAUUGGACGCUUAGGGGUGGUGAGGUCCCUGGGGUAUUGGCUGAGAUUGAUGGGGAUCCUAGGUCGGGGUUUGCGGCGAGGGAUAGGUAUAUCACGGAUCCGACUGAACUUGGGCCGCUGCUGGAUGGGGAGUAUUAUACUUUCGCGCCGGAUUAUUGGGGGCCUGGGAAUAAGCAUAAUACUGCGGUGGGAAAUCCGUCCCAGAUACAGCAGUUUGUGUCGGAUCUUGAUUACGUUCUUGGGGCGAAUAAUUCGAUAAGUUUGUAUAUGUUUCAUGGUGGGACGAAUUUUGGGUUUAGUAAUGGUGCGAUUUGGAAGAAUUAUACGGCUGUGUUUAUUACGAGUUAUGAUUACGGCGCACCUCUGGAUGAGAGUGGACGUACGACGGACUUGUACUUCAAGUUCCGAGAUACCAUCCAGAAGUACGUCCCUGAAGACAGCAUCCCAGAGCCUCCAGCGAACGUUCCGCUACUGGAAAUCAGCAAUAUUACGUUAUCGCCAACAAUUUCGUUAUUCGAUACAUUAGGGCCUAAAAUCAACAGUGUCGCGCCGCUUACAAUGGAAGAGUUAGACCAAGCUUAUGGAUUAGUCUUCUACGAACAUACAGUCAAUACGACCCUUCAGGGGACGCUGCAACCAGGCGACCGUGCUAGAGAUAGGGUUAUCGUGUAUGUUAAUGGGACCAAGAAGGGCGUUAUUGAUAGCACAUACAGUCAACCGGCGCCGGUCAGCUUGACUUUACAACCUGGAGACACCCUACAGCUUCUAGUCGAGAACCUCGGGCGCGUCGAUUACUGGUCGCGCGAGUCGGGUACUUUUGUAGCGCUCGAGGAUCAGUUUAAGGGGAUUGUGGGAAAUGUCACAAUCGGAUCCAGAGUUGUAAGUGGGUGGAACGUCUACUCGCUUCCUCUUGACGAACCACCCGCCGCCACCCAAGCCAAGCCCAGCGCGAUAGCCCCUGGAUCGCCACCGACGUUCUUCCGUGGCACUUUCCAGAUUGAAAGCGGAAACACCACCGAUCCGGCAGCCCUGGAUACCUUCCUAGAAGUACCCGAUGGUGUGAAGGGGAAUGUGUGGAUCAACGGAUUUAAUCUUGGUAGGUACUGGGUUGUUGGUCCGCAGCAGUCGUUGUACCUUCCUGGAACUAUUCUCAAGCCGGGGGUUGAAAAUGAGAUUGUUAUAUUGGAAUUGGAGCCGAAUGGGGAGACAUUGACGGCGUUAGGGGUGACGGAGAGGACGUGGGCGAAUUAUCCGGAUCCUGAUUACCCAUGAUCUGUGACUCAGAGAUAGGCAGUUAGUAGAGUAAUUGAAAAGGUCAUUCUGGAAUUAU